CCCAGAAUGAUUCGAAAAAUCUCCCAGGCAUGCGCGACGCCGUCGUCGAUUUCGCAAUUUUACGAAAACGCGAACGUUUUGCUUACGGGAGCGACUGGAUUUUUGGGGAAGGUCUUCAUGGAGAAACUGCUGAGGUCGUGCAAAUCGAUUGGUAACGUCUACGUGUUGAUUCGGCCUGGGAAGAACUGCACGGCCGAGGAGCGUCUCGAGCGGCUCCUCCAGGCUGAGGUGCACUUCGUCACGAAUCCGGCUCGAUUUAACGAUCACUUGCAGGUUUUUGAGAAUUUGCGACGUACAGCUCCGGAGGCGCUCCUGAAGGUCAAGGCGAUACCCGGCGAUGUCGAGCAAGAAAACUUGGGACUAACCCGGCCGGAUCGGGAGACGAUCACGGAGCGGGUCGAGGUGGUUUUUCAUUCAGCUGCACUCAUCAAAUUCAAUGCCGAUUUGCAAAGCGCAAUCUCUGCAAACGUGGCGGGCACUAAGCGCGUAACGGAUCUCUGUACCCAAAUCAGGAACUUGCGCACUUUCGUGCACGUUUCAACUGCGUACAGCAACGCCAACAGUCGAGAAAUUGAGGAGAAGAUUUACGACACCAGGCACGAUCCUGACGAUAUCAUAAGCCUAGUUCGGAGCUUACCAUCUGCAACGUUAAACGAAAUAACGCCUCAGAUUAUUGGGGCUCAUCCGAACUGCUACACGUUUUCGAAACAGCUUGGCGAGAAGUGCAUCGCGAAAUCGCUCGGUUCAUUGCCCGCCACCGCAAUUCUACGCCCGUCCAUUGUCUCUCCGUCGUGGCGUGAACCGUUACCAGGUUGGAUCGACAACGUAACCGGCGUUGCCGGUGUUGUAAUGGAGUUCGGGCGCGGCGCGCUUAAAAGCGGCAUCUGCGAACCGCGCUUCACAGCCGAUUUGAUUCCAGUCGACGUGGUCGCUAACGCUCUACUUACGGCGGCGUGGCACACUACCAUUCCUAGUCCUCGAGAGUUAAACAUUUACAACUGUACAAGCGGCGACAUCAACCAAAUUACGUGGGGAAAGUUUGUCGAUCACAUCAAGCGACACGCGGUUGCGUACCCCAGCAAGUACGUAACCUCGUACCCGAAUUUCACGCCGAGAACCAACCGGACCACUCACGCGAUCGCUCACUUCUUCCAGCACAUAAUUCCCGCUUACUUACAAGACAUAGCUCUGUAUAUAACCGGUGGAAGGCCAAUAAUGGUGAAGACCUGCAAAAUCGUCGCGGAGGCGGCUCGCAGAGGGGACUUCGCGACAAUCACCCCUUACAAAUUUAAGGCGGACAAUUUUAAUAAGCUGAUCGACAGCGUAAAUAAAGCGGACGAUGGCAAGCUAUUUCAGAUCGACUUUCGACCGGGGUCCGGAUUCGACUGGGAUAAAUAUCUAAAGGGCUACAUGUUGGGGAUUAGGAGGUUUAUACUGAAAGAUGGUUUAGACUCCCUCGAGUAUUCCAAGUGUAGACUCAAUCGCUUGUAUUGGACCUCCAAAGUAAUGCAGUUGGCGUUCGUAAGUUCCGUCAUCGCAUGGACUGUAUGGUGAGCCGUCUCUACGGUUACUAGAAAAUCAAGUGUUUAAAAAUAAAAUAAGUAAAGGUGUUUAAUGGUAAAAUGAGCACUAAAUGUUAAAACAACAAUACAAACAUUUAGAAAAUAAUGAAAAUGCAAUGUCAACUUCGGAUAACAGGUUUGCCUCUUUCGCUAUCGUACGUAUAAAUAAAUAAUUUGAAUUACGAAUAAAUAAGAUUUGAUCGACAUAUAAAAAAAA